ACUUCACUAAACACUUCCUUGCUAAAACAGUAAAAACAUCACUUUCCCUUUUCUCUCUCUCUCUCUCUCUCUCUCUCUCUCUCUGUCCGUCUGUCUGUCUGUGAUCACUAUCAAAAAUGUGCCUCUCUUGAUCUCCAUCAAUCCCCACUCACCCACCCGCACAGACAUAGACGCAGACACUCUCUCUGAUGAAAAUACUAGUAAUGCUGUUUAUUGCCAUUCUCUAGUUAUCCAAAACCAAAAACAUUUGCUUUGCUUUUCAGUGCCUUCCAUCUUAAUGCAUUGACUCUUCUCUUCUUGAUUCUCAUUCCUUUCUAAAAGAAGAAGCUGAUUGUUAGUGAUUUUGAUGGAGCAGAUCUUGUGGGGAGUUGAUAACUGAUAUAUAAUGAAGAGGGUACAACUUUUUGGCUUAAUUUUGGCCUUGCUGCUGGUCUUGUUAUUGGCGGUUGGGAAAGCAGAGAUUUAUUUAGUGACAAUGGAGGGAGAGCCUGUCAUAAGUUAUAGAGGAGGUGUUCCUGGCUUUGAACCCACUGCUUUGGAUACUGAUGAUGAUGAUGAGAAGAUCGACACCACUAGUCAAUUGGUCACAUCUUAUGCUGAGCAUCUUGAGCAGACGCACGAUACACUUCUCAGUUCAUUGUUUGACCAUGGGACCUACAAAAAACUCUACAGCUAUCGCCAUCUUAUAAAUGGUUUUGCAGUUCAUACAUCCCCUGAACAGGCAGAAACCUUAAGGCGUGCCUCUGGUGUGAAAUCUGUGGAGAGAGAUUGGAAGGUGAGAAGACUCACUACACAUACUCCACAGUUUUUGGGGCUUCCGACAGGAGUCUGGCCAACUGGAGGUGGCUUUGACAGGGCUGGAGAGGACAUCGUAAUAGGAUUUGUUGACUCUGGAAUUUAUCCACACCAUCCAAGCUUUGCAACACUCCACACUGAUCCGUAUGGGCCACUUCCAAAGUACAGAGGAAAAUGUGAAGUUGACCCUGAUACUAAGAAACGCUUUUGCAAUGGAAAAAUUAUUGGAGCCCAGCAUUUUGCUCAAGCUGCUAUAGCAGCUGGUACAUUCAACCCUUCUAUUGAUUUUGCUUCUCCCUUGGAUGGUGAUGGACAUGGAAGCCAUACAGCAGCUAUUGCAGCUGGCAAUAAUGGUAUUCCUGUGAGGAUGCAUGGCCAUGAGUUUGGGAAAGCAAGUGGGAUGGCUCCACGUGCUAGGAUUGCUGUAUACAAGGCACUCUACAGGAAUUUUGGAGGCUAUGUUGCUGAUGUAGUAGCUGCCAUUGAUCAGGCAGUUCAUGAUGGAGUGGAUAUACUCAGCCUCUCAGUUGGUCCUAAUAGUCCUGCAGCAACUACAAAGACAACAUUUUUGAACCCGUUUGAUGCUACCCUUCUUGCUGCUGUCAAAGCAGGUGUAUUUGUUGCACAAGCAGCUGGUAAUGGAGGUCCUUUCCCUAAAACCUUGGUUUCUUAUAGUCCCUGGAUAACAUCUGUAGCAGCUGCAAUUGAUGAUCGGAGAUACAAGAACCAUCUGACUCUGGGAAAUGGAAAAAUAUUGGCUGGAAUUGGUUUGUCACCCUCUACCCAUCCUAAUCAAACAUAUACCUUGGUUGCCGCAAAUGAUGUGCUGCUGGAUUCUUCAGUGACAAAGUACAGUCCUUCAGACUGCCAAAGACCAGAAUUGUUGAACAAAAACUUGGUUGAGGGGAAUAUACUUCUUUGUGGUUAUUCAUUCAAUUUUGUUGUUGGUACUGCAUCUAUUAAAAAGGUUUCAGAAACAGCCAAGAGUCUUGGUGCAGCUGGCUUUGUUCUUGCUGUGGAAAAUGAUUCUCCAGGAGCAAAGUUCGAUCCUGUUCCUGUUGGUCUUCCUGGGAUUCUCGUUACAGAUGUCACUAAAUCAAUGGAUCUUAUAGAUUAUUACAACAUUUCUACACCAAGAGAUUGGACGGGACGAGUGAAGAGAUUCAAUGCUACAGGAAGCAUUGGCGACGGGUUGAUGCCUAUACUUCAUAAAUCAGCACCACAGGUGGCAUUGUUCUCUGCUCGAGGGCCCAACAUAAAAGAUUUCAGCUUCCAAGAUGCUGAUCUUCUUAAACCGGAUAUCCUGGCUCCUGGUGCUCUUAUUUGGGCUGCUUGGUCUCCGAAUGGAAUAGAUGAGCCAAAUUAUGUUGGAGAAGGAUUUGCCAUGAUAUCUGGCACUAGUAUGGCUGCACCACAUAUAGCAGGAAUAGCUGCUCUUGUGAAGCAGAAGCACCCACAUUGGAGUCCUGCUGCCAUCAAAUCAGCCUUAAUGACAACAUCAACAAAGCUGGACAGAGCAGGAAGCCCUCUUCAAGCACAACAAUACUCCGACACAGAAGCUAUGAAGCUGGUCACAGCUACUCCUUUUGAUUAUGGGAGUGGUCAUGUUAAUCCAAGGGCUGCUCUGGAUCCUGGACUUAUCUUUGAUGCAGGGUAUGAGGAUUACUUGGGGUUCUUGUGUACAACGCCUGGCAUUGACGCCCAUGAGAUUCGGAACUACACAAACGCUCCUUGCAACUACACCAUGGGCCACUCGUAUAAUUUCAACACCCCAUCAAUCACAGUAUCCCAUCUAGUGAAAACUCAGACAGUUACUCGCACAGUAACAAAUGCUGCUGAGGAAGAAACCUAUGUGAUCACCGCCAGAAUGCAACCUGCCAUUGCCAUUGAAGUUAACCCUUCAGCAAUGACCAUAAAGUCCGGUGCAUCACAGAAAUUUACCGCCAGUCUCACUGUUCGAUCCGUGACUGGAACAUACAGUUUCGGUGAAAUUUUAAUGAAAGGCAGCCGAGGGCACAAAGUAAGGAUCCCAGUGGUAGCUAUGGGAUACUGGCGAUGAGAGUGGGGAUGGUUGGUCUUCUAAAUAAGGUUUGAAUUAUUCUUUGUAACAUGUGGUAAUAAGUUAUAAGGCUAGAUAUGUUUAACUCAAAAUAUAUAUGUGGAAUAGUUGUAAAGAUAACUGGUGUAAGGGGGAGACUCCUAGUUUCUUCCAAUUAUAAGUUUUGCGAAUUUGUUUGCUUAUUUCAUCCGAAGCUUAUCUUCUUUGAGCA